AUGCUUGGACGCGGCGUGGGACGAGGCUGUGCCGCCGUUGUUUCUCUGUUCCGCCUUAGUAUCUACAUCUACAUCUGCAUCGGCACCGUCUGCCUGGUGUUGCUCUCCUUCUUUGUGCUGCUGCUCCUGUUCGUCUCCCUCCUCUUCCUCCUCCCUAUCCCCGUUGUUUUCUUCAUCGGCGUCAGCACUACUACCUCGCCGUGUGGUCGGUGGCGAGCAUGCGGCGUCAAAGCGUCGCUCUGCAGCUGCUGCCUCUGCCUCCGCCGCCAGCGCCUCCGUCGCCGCUGCUUCCGCCGCAUCUCGCUCUGCCUGCAGCUCCGUCAAAUACGCGGCCCGUCGUGGGGCAAGAAUGGCCUCCACUUCUGCUACGAGGUCCGCUUGGAACGGCGGGCGACCAGCGAGAUCGGCGCGCAAAAGUUUCUGCCGCAGCAGUGCCCGUGCGUGGGGGGCCUUGCGUUCGGCGUCUGGCAACGUUUCUGGCGGUGCCACCUCGCGCAACUGCGCCAACGUCGCCGCGUCGUACGGGCCGUCAAACAGCACGACGGCGAGUGUAGUGUUCUGUUGCAGCAGCACUAG